AUGGGGUACGCCUGUGAAAAUGCUGUUGAGUCAGAGGCUACAUUUUGUUUAGCAACCGAUCUUACUUGUACAUGUACCAAUGCUGCUUAUUUAGGUACAAUGCUUGCUUGUGGGUUUGAAAAUGCCAAAAGUACCAAAGAAGUUGAAGCGUAUACUAAAUGGUUUGAGUCGCAAUGCCCUGAUCUUUCGGCCGACAGUCUGAAUGAAAUAUAUCAAAAUGCUACUAAAUAUAUGGUCAAUGAUACGUCUUUAAUUCCAGGUUUCAAUAUAUCUAUUCCUAUUAACGUUCCGCUUAGAAUAACUGAAGAUGUUUAUUACAUUAAUUAUGAAACCUCAGCAAUUUUUGAUUAUAAUUUAAACGAUGGGUUUUAUAUGGGUAGUGGGUUAACUGGUUAUUGGGCUGUUAUUUUCUUGUUCAGUACAAUCUAUAGGCUUUUGGCAUACCUUGGUUUAACCAACAUAUUAAAGAAAAACAUUGUUAUACGGUUCUUAAGAGCAAAAUUAUUCUUACCAGCAAGUUUUAAAAAAAGACACGCUACUUCAUGGGUUUAUGGUUUUGUGCCAACUAGAUGGGAAUCGUUUGUUAUCUUUGGUUGGUUUGUUUUGUGUGUACUAUUUUGUAGCACCAGGUAUCAUUAUUUUGAUCCAAACACCUAUUUUGCUACUAAAAGAAUCCAAAUGAGUAGAUAUGUUGGUGAUAGAGCUGGUUAUUUAUCGUGCUAUAUGAUUAUUUUAACCUUUUUAUUUGGUGGCAGAAAUAAUUUUCUACUAUGGUUGACUGGCUGGAAAUUUUCUACAUUUGUCACUUAUCACAAAUGGGUUGCUAGAAUGACAGUGCUUGUUAUUGUGGUGCAUUCUAUUGCUUAUUUGGAUUGUAUUGUGGCCAGUGAUUACUACUCAUAUUAUAUUAUAGAUGGAUGGUAUAUCUGGGGAUGUGUUGGCACUGUUGUUGGUAGUGUUAUGUUCAUGCAGGCCUUUUCCUUUUUAAGACAUUUGAGUUAUGAAGUCUUUUUGUAUUUUCAUAUAGUAUUGGCUGUAUUUUUCUUAAUAGGUGCUUGGCUUCAUAUCAAGCCCAUGGGGUUGAUUUCUUUUAUCUACGCUACAGCGGCUAUUUGGUGUUUUGACAGGCUAAUUAGAUUGGUUAGAAUGUGGAUUUUGUUUGGAGGUUAUAAAAAAACCAAGUUAUCUUUAAUCUCCGAUGAAACUUUAGUUUUUGAAGUACCAUAUAAUCCAACUAUUUUCAGAGCUAAUCCUGGUAGCUUUGCGUAUGUCUACUUUGCUAGUUACAAAAUAUUUUGGCAGUCACAUCCUUUCACCAUGGUGCCAUACCCAGAAAGGAAAACUUUAAAAUUUUAUGUUAAAGUUAAGGCCGGAUUGACUAAAAUAUUAUACAAAGACUUAAUACAAACACCUCACAGGGAAAAAGAAAUAAGAGUAUGUGUUGAGGGCCCAUAUGGAUCCUAUCAUAAUUUAACCAAGUAUGAUCAUGUUUUGAUGUAUAGUGGGGGUAAUGGUAUACCAGGUCCAUUUGCUUAUUCUAAAAAAUUGUGUAAAGACAAUGAUUUCAAGGGAUUUAUUAAGUUAUAUUGGGUUAUUAGAAACUGGAGUUCAUUGCAUUGGUUUCUUGAGGAAUUAAAGUCUUUAGCACCUUAUGAGGACAAGUUGCAAUUGAUUGUGUAUAUUUCCAAGUUUGAAGAUUAUAACUUUGGGGAUAUGAAGGAGGUGUCUUCGGAUAACUCAUCGAGUAACAAUGAGGAUAAAGAAUUUAAUAAAGAAGUGGUAAUGGAAAAAGAGUCCACUAGCAGUGAAAAUGAUGCUGUGAAAACAAUUACCGAACAAUUACCAUAUUGUGAAUUUAGAAAGGGUAGACCUGAUAUUGAACAAGUGGUUGCUGAUGACUUGAACGAAACAGGAUCUGGUAGUGUUGCUGUGGUUACCUGUGGCCAUAGCAACAUGUGUGAUGAUAUAAGAUAUAAAGUAAGUGAAGAAAUUUAUAAUAGAUCUAACCCAAUUGAAUUGAUUGAAGAGUUACAAGGUUGGUGA